CAAUUUCAUUCUUCAUGAACCCUAGUUACAAACUUCCCCCAAAUUGAGAUCUGACUUCCUACCCAAAACACUAGUUCUUCUCAAGUGAUUCCCUAAUUGAAGACUCAAGACUCAUGAACACCGAUUUUUCUGAGCCAGUUACCUGAUCGUUCCAAAUCGCCUCUGUUGUAUGUGUUAAAGGUCUUCUCCCUCAACCUCCAAGGGCUAGUACAUGUGCUGUGUGAGCUCGAGUUAACAGUUCAAGGUUCAAAAGUCAUGACUACGCCAGACGGAAAGGUGUUAAACCUCUUCUUUAUAACCGAUCAUUUGGACUUGUUGCACAUGCAUAUCAGACGAGAAGAAACAUGUAAGCAUCUUAGUGGUGUGUUAGGAGAGUGUUGUAUCAGCUGUGAACUUCAGUUAGCGGGCCCGGAGUUCAACUACCAGCAAGGGUUUUCUUCUAUUGGGCGUUCAUGAGUCUUGAAUCUUCAAUUGGGGAAUCACUUGAGAAGAACUGGGUUUUGGGUGGAAAGUCAGAUUUUAAUUUGGGGGAAUUUUUUAACUAGGGUUCAUGAAGAAUGAAAUUGGGGAAGAUGAUAAUUUAGGUAUUAAAAGAGGCAUUAAAUGACAGAUCUACCCUCACAUGACCACAUUUAACUGAAAAAUCAAACUGGGUUAUGUCAAAAGGACAAAACGUGAUAAAUUUUAAAAGAUAAAGUACAAAACUCAUCAAUUUUAAACAUAAAGGACAACGUCUGAAAAUGAGUAUAAAAAUAAAGGACAAUCCUUGAAAUUCACUGAAUUGUCAUUGGCCCGUUACAUGAUAAUUACUUUAUUAGUUUGUCCCAAUGCCUCCAUUCUGAAGCCAAAGAAAAACGGAUAACGUCUGCCCCACCACCACCGGGGCCACCACUACAACACCACCACCACCACCACCACCUGUCCCUCCUAAAUCCCCGUCUUUUGUAUCGCAGAAACUGUAUGGCUAGAGUCACCACCACCACCACCUGUAUCGUACCGCCUUUCAAACAACCAAUAACAAUAAAAUCUUUGCAGUCCAAAUUCUCCGGUAUCUGCCUGCAAUUCCCCAAAUUAUACGUGGCCUGCAGCGAUCGGAUCACGUGCCGGUAUGGAGGAGGAAGUAGUUCACGUCUGGAAGACUCCAGACGCUCUCAGUCUCAGGAGAAUGACGAUGAUCAAGCCCUAGAUCUCUCCACUAUCAGGUCAAAUACAGUGAGGCUGAUAGAUGAUCAGCAAAAUAUGGUCGGUAUAGUAUCUAAAAGUGCUGCUAUUCAGAUGGCUGAAGAUGCUGAACUUGACCUUGUUAUAUUGUCUCCAGAUGCAGAUCCACCUGUUGUCAAGUUGAUGGAUUACAACAAAUAUAGAUACGAACAGCAAAAGAAGAAGAGAGAGCAGCAGAAGAAAAGUGCUGCACUUCGCAUGGAUCAGAAGGAGCUCAAAAUGGGUUACAACAUCGAUGUGCAUGAUUAUUCUGUACGUUUGAGAGCUGCUCAAAAGUUUCUCAAGGACGGUGACAAGGUUAAGGUUAUAGUGAAUUUAAAGGGUCGUCAAAACGAGUUCAGAAAAAAUGCUAUUGAGCUAUUGAACCGUUUUCGCAAUGACAUCGGGGAGCUAGGCAUUGAGGAAAGUAAAAAUUUGAGAGACAGGAACAUGUUCAUGGUAUUGAUUCCAAACAAGGUUGUUGUUGUACAAAAAGAACCACCAAAGAAAAAAAGAAAGUCCAAGUCAACCGAGACAGAAGUGUCAGCAACAGCAAGCGUAUGAGUACGACUAUUAAACGAGGGCUAGCUCAGUAAAUCGGUUUAAUGCUCGAGAACAGAAUUUUAAAAGGCUUUGACGGAUAUCAUGUGUUCAACUGAAUAAGGGGAAAUCUUGUAGGAACCCUUGAGGUAUAUUUUAACGAUGAUAUGGUCGAUUGGUCAUAGUUUCAAUUUCAUAAGUCACACGUGCUUGUGUCUGCAUGGUAGUAUAUUAUGACGCGUUAAAUGUUUAGGGAUUUCGUCUACGUGGAGAUGUGCUUAGCGCGUGGGUUCCUAUUCAUUCAUGCAUAUCUUUUGAGUACCUCACAUAAAUUUUUGGUGUGCCAGAAGUGCUUACCCGACGCAAAGAUUUUUAUUA